AUGAAUUCAAGAGAAGACACAAUAGAGGAGUCUUUUAGAAAUUCAAAAUCAGCUCCACUAUUUACCCACGAUGAUGAUGAGGAGGAUUUUAAAGCAAGCUCAGAUAUAAUUCAGCAGCACAGAGCCAACAUUGCAAGAUUCGCUCAGUAGCUAGGUCUAAAUUUGAAUGAUGAAUCUAAAUCUGAAAUAGUUCAGCAUAAGGAUGAAGUCGCAGAUGAUGAUGUUGAAAUCUCUUUCAAUAAAACUGACACUUCGAAGCGAAAAAUACAGGAAUUAGAGUAAUAAAUGAAUUUGAUAGAAGAUUUUGAUUCCUCAAAAUACAAGCAAAAGCUUCAAGCUAUUAGCAAGACAAGACUGAGAAUUCCCAAAAAAGUGAAAAUUUAUAGAGUAAUAUCUAGAUUGAGCUCAUAAAGUGAAAGUAUUAAUAAGAUCUACAAAAGAAUAAUAAUGACGACUAGGAUUGGAGAAGAAAGCUUGAUUAAAUUAAAAAGAGGUCUGACAAGAAAUAAUAAAUAUGCAGCAGAUACAGGCGAAUCAAAUCAGGAUUUCAACUUCAAGAGUAUUCUCAUGAAAUACUCUGAUCAUAGAAACUUAAACUUGCUAAAUGAUCUAUCAUCUGAUAACAUGACUUCAUUUAGAUCAGAUCUAGAACCAAUUGAUGCUCAUUCACCCAAAUUGCAAAGUUUAAAAAGAGGCAAUAAAUUGAUGAGAGAAAACGAAUCUUAAGAUGAAGAUGAGACUUUGGCUAGAAUAAGACAGAAAUAUCUUGGAGCAAAUAGCCCAGAAUAAUAAAAAGAUAGUAAUCUAAGACGUUCAAGUGAAAAAGUCUUGACUGAGUCUUUAAGUCAAGCUGAUUAUCUAAAGAAAUCCUAAGAAUUGAUUAACUCAAGCUUAGAUGAUUUACUAAGUAAUUUUAAGAACAAAUUCUAUGGCCUAAAUCCUUAGAACAAGAAUGAUAAGCUCUAGUUUAAUUAGGAUAAUAGAGGUAUCUAGUUAAGAUAAAGUCAAAAUGAUAAGAAAUAUUUGAAUACUUAAGGUUCAAUAGACGAGGAGAAGAAUGAAGAUGACAGCAUCCAAAAUAGAAGUUAAAAGAUUGAAAAGUUAGAUUUUAAAAAGGCCUAAUUAGAUAAGACUAAUUCAAGAGAUAGUUCUUUAGAUGAGUCCUUUAAGCAUUCCCCUCGAAUUUUAUAAUAAGCUCUUAAGGACAGCAGUCCUAUUCAAAAUAGAGAUAGUGGAAAAAAGAUUCCCCCUACAUCUUCAAUAAGAAAAAGCAAAGAAAAGAUGAGUUUGCCUAAAUCUUCAGAAAAUAAGAGUAUUCUAAUAGAUUAAUUUGUCAAUAAACCAUAAUAAAUAGUCGUCCCAAAUCUUAAUCUUUCAGAUUUAUAAUCAUCUCAAGUAAAUCAAACUUAAAAGGACAUUAAUUAAAACGAUGACCAAACAGUUAAACUUGAAAAUUAAAAAUUUGACCAAGAGUCAACUAUAUAAAACUACGAUUUAAGUGAAUCACAAAUUGAUAUGUCGAAGUAGUUUAUCAAUCCUGAUGCCACACCUUAAAAUUAUACAUUAGAAAUUACAGAGUAGAAAUUGAACAAUUAAAAGGCAAGAAUAAAUGAUCAAAGCCCUGUAAGAUAUAACCAACCAUAAAUAGGUUUGAAGAAGAUGACUCCAAUAAGGUCUAAUAAAAAAUAGAAGAUCUAGAUUCCCAAAUACGAAUAAGCUUUUAAUGCUAAGGCAACUUUUGAUGAUGAGGAGGAUGAUUUGUAUAAAAGAGAUUUUAUGGAUAUUUAAGAUACACUUAAAACAAUCAAAUAAAUGAACUUAUUAGGUAGUCCUGGAGAGGACUUUAAAGCAGAGAUAGAUAAAGAAUUAAAUCCAAUGAAGCAUAGCUUACUCUAAAGCAAGCCUAAUAUACAGACUUAUAAUUCGAAUGUGGAAGAUCAACCAUCUUUGAUUGAAAACUAAGAGAUUGAUUACAAUUUGAGUGAUGAUAGCGAUGAUAAUGAACUUCGGAAAUCUAGCUAAAGCCCUCAAAAUUAUAACACUUUUUAAUAGUAAAUCUAAAGAGAAACAAGCUAAUAGAUUUUAAAGAAAAAGUAGAAUGUAGUUUUAAACCAGUUAAGGGCAGUUUACAGAAAAGAAAAUAGGCAUCUAUUAGAAGAAGAUCAAAUAAGCUUCAUGUCCUCUUCUGAUGCAAGUCGGAAUAUAGUAGAAGAUAGAUUUUUGGAGAGGAGCUUAAACUAAGGAAUUUUGGAAUUCAAAGACAAUGAAAUACCUCUGCUUAUGAAUAUGCUACCGUUAGCACAGACCUUGGAAAUUAAAGCCAAAGAAAAAUCUUUAAUAAGUCUACUGAAGCAGGUAAAAGAUAUCAGCACUGAAGGAUCAUUGGAGGAUUAAGUGAGCAAGAUAAAAGAUAAAUAAGACAGAAUGAAAUAAUAAUUGACUGAGUAGGAUAAUCUCAAGUUAAUAAAAUUGAUUGAAGAGACAUAAAAUGAAAUGAUAACAAAUAGGAGGCUACUUGAGAGUAAUAAACUCAAUGAUAUGAAUUUAGAUCUUGUUGAAUAGAAGAUUUAGUUACUAGAAUCAGAGAGAUAAAUAUCAGAGAAAAGUAAACUAAUUUCAAGCAUGAGAAAUAGUUUCUAAGAAAUCUAAAGCAAGCUGACAAAAAGGCUCAAUGAAAUAAAUCAUAAUUUCAUCUCAAUAAAUGAAUAAUCAAUCAAGAUUCAAACAAGUCUAGAUCAUUAACUAAGAAAUAUUAUCUAACCAGAGUAAUUAGCUAUUUAUAUCAACGAUGCAAUCAUUCCAAUUCUCUUAUCCUACCAAGUCUAAAUCAGACAAUAAGAUUCUGAGUAUCAACUUAAGUUAUUGGACAGAUACAAUACACCUGAGGAAAUUGAAGUAAAUAGGUUUAUAGAAGUCUUAAUAAAUUGUCUUAAUAAGGCUUUUGAGAAUGAAGCAUUCACUAACACAGUUUUGUAGAAUGUUGUUUAGCAUAUUGCCUAAUUAGAUUAAAAUCUAGCCUAAAAGCUUUAGUCAAUGAACAAUGAGCCAAAGGUAUAAGACAUAUUAUUGCAAUUAACUCUCUAUAAGAAAGAUAAGAAACAGUCAGAAGUCGAAGCAAUUAUUAAUAACUUAGAGCGAAUAGUUAAAGAUCCUUCUGUAUGCAUUUAUUCUGACUUAUUGGUGCAAAUAAAAUCAGAUAUGACUUAAGAAAUGCUAAUUUAGGUUUUAGUGAAGUACUAUUAUCUCUUCAAGGAAUUUAAAUCAUUAAAAGAGAACGAGUAGGUACUUGAUCUUAGACUUUGGAAUCUUAGCAAGGACUUAAUUGAUGCAAUAUACUAGAAUGCUGAGGAAAGUAACUUAUAAAUUGGUGAUGAUCUGCUGAAAAUUAUUGGGAAGAUAGAAUUUUUAUGCAUACAAUAAGAGUAAUUAAAGUUUUAAGGCCAUUAUGAUCAUGUGAUUCACACUUCCAUCAGAAAUAUCAAGAAGCUUGAGAGACUUGACAGUAAAAACGUCCUUAAAAAUGUUGCUGAGAAUGUAUAGCAGUUAAUGACCAAUCUGGAAUCUUUUUCAAGGAAUGAAAUCAAUGAUAUUUCAAUAGACUCCAAUGACUAACUUAAUCACAUGAUGGAAAAACUUAUCGAAAUACCAUAACUCUUUGAGAACUAGAACAUAGAUUUGUAUUUCAUAGAGAAAAAUGUGAAGGCAGUUUAGAGACUUUACGAUCUUAGAUCUCUUUAUUAACUUGGACUCAGAGACAUCACAGAAAAAGUACUUUCGAGAGAUAUCCACUCAUUCACCUAUGACGAGAUAGAAAGAAUAGUUGAAGCCAGAUUUGAGGACACCUAACUGAGGCAGAUUUAGGGUUCGCAAAGUUUAAUCAUUUAUUAAUAUAUAAUAAUGGCAAAGAGAACAAAGAAAGUCGGCAUUGUUGGCAAGUACGCUACAAGAUAUGGUGCAGCUCAAAGAAAAACUAUUAAAAAGUUUGAGAUCACCCAAAGAGCCACAUACACUUGCUCAUUCUGCGGAAAGGACUCUGUUAAGAGAUCAGCAGUCGGUAUCUGGAGAUGCAGAGCUUGCAAAAAGGUUUUAGCUGGUGGAGCUUGGUAAGUUUCAACUGCCGCCGCACUCACCGCCAAGGCUACAGUCCACCGUCUCAGAAGAUUAAGAGAAGAAGCUGCCAAGGAGACUGCUGCUCAGUGA